AUGAAGAAGCUAACCGGUCUCCAAGUGACCCUGAAUUUUUUCCCCCGGUUUCUAGCUUUGGGUGCCUGGGGCCACCCAAAACAAGUUGACCUGAGAGGAGAGGAUGUGAGAAACUGUUCCCUCAGCCCUCCGUACCUUCCAGUUACUGCGGUCAAUACCACGGCACAGCUCACAGCCCUCCGCCAGCAGAUGCGCAUCCAGAAUCUUUCUGCCUACAUCAUCCCCGAAACAGAUGCCCACAUGAGUGAGUACAUCGGCAAUCGCGACAAGAGGCGUGCGUGGAUUACGGGCUUUACAGGGUCUGCAGGAACUGCAGUGGUGACCAUGGGGAAGGCAGGUCUCUGGACCGACAGUCGUUACUGGACCCAGGCUGAGCGGCAGAUGGACUGCAACUGGGAGCUACAUAAAGAAGUUGACAUAACUUCCAUCACCACCUGGCUCCUCACUGAGGUUCCUGCCGGAGGGAGUGUGGGCUUCGACCCCUUUCUCUUCUCCAUUGGUUCCUGGGAGAGUUAUGACAUGGCCCUCAAAAACUCUAACAUACAACUGGUGUCCAUCACAGCCAACCUUGUGGACCUGGCGUGGGGGUCAGAGAAGCCUCUGGUUCCAAGCCAGCCCAUUUAUGCCCUGCAGGACGCAUUCACAGGGAGCCCCUGGCAGGAGAAGGUAGCUGGCAUCCGCAGCCAGAUGCAGAAGCAUCGCAAGGGCCCAACUGCUGUCCUUCUGUCGGCACUCGAUGAGACGGCCUGGCUCUUCAACCUCCGCGGCAGUGACAUCCCUUAUAACCCCUUCUUCUAUUCCUACACACUGCUCACGGACUCCUCUAUCAGGUUAUUUGUAAACAAGAGUUGCCUUGACUCUGAGACCCGGAAGUACCUGAACUCCAGCUGCACGGGCUCCAUGUGUGUGCAACUCGAAGAUUACAGCCAGGUCCGUGGCAAUGUCCAGACCUACGCCUCUGGAGACGUGAAGAUCUGGAUUGGGACCAGCUAUACUACAUACGGGCUCUACGAAGUGAUACCUACGGAGAAGCUCAUAGGAGACACCUACUCCCCGGUGAUGGUGACGAAGGCAAUGAAAAACAGCAAGGAGCAGGCCCUCCUCAGGGCCAGCCAUGUACGGGACGCCGUGGCUGUGAUCCGCUACUUGGUCUGGCUGGAGAAGAACGUCCCCAAGGGCACGGUGGAUGAGUUCUCAGGGGCAGAGCUGCUGGACCAGUUCCGCGGAGAGGAAGCAUUCUCCUCGGGACCUAGUUUCGAAACCAUCUCUGCUAGUGGCCUGAACGCUGCCUUGGCCCACUACAGUCCGACCAAGGAGCAGCACCGGAAGCUGUCUUCAGAUGAGAUGUACCUGCUGGAUUCUGGAGGGCAAUACUGGGAUGGAACCACAGACAUCACCAGAACAGUCCACUGGGGUACCCCCUCUGCCUUCCAAAAGGAGGCAUAUACCCGCGUGUUGAUAGGAAAUAUCGAUCUAUCCAGACUCAUCUUUCCUGCUAAUACAUCAGGGCGAAUGAUGGAGAUCUUUGCCCGCAGAGCCUUGUGGGAUGUUGGGCUCAAUUAUGGUCAUGGGACAGGCCAUGGCAUUGGCAACUUCCUGUGUGUGCACGAGUGGCCAGUUGGAUUCCAGUCUGGCAACAUCCCCAUGGCCAAGGGCAUGUUCACUUCCAUCGAACCUGGUUACUAUCAGGAUGGAGAAUUCGGGAUACGUCUUGAAGAUGUGGCCCUUGUGGUAGAAGCAAAGACCAAGUACCCAGGGUCCUACCUGACCUUUGAAGUGGUGUCCUUGGUGCCCUAUGACCGGAACCUCAUUGAUGUCAGCCUGCUGUCUCCAGAGCACCUCCAGCACCUGAACCACUAUCACCAGACCAUCCGAGAGAAGGUGGGCCCGGAGCUGUCGCAGCGCCAGCUGCUGGAGGAGUUCAAGUGGCUGUGGGAGCACACCGAGCCUCUGCCCGCAAGGGCGCCGCACACGGCCUCCUUGGCCUCUCUGUUGGCAGUCUCCUCUCUUACCGUCCUCGGCUGGAGUGUCUAGACGCUCAGACUCCCCGGCCAACCCUUGCGCUCAGCUCCCCUCAUCCUGCACCAUCUGCACCCCCAGAGCCCCUGCCAGCCCAUUGCCCAGAGACCAUUGCCCUCACCUUCCUUCUCCAGGACUAAGCCCCAGGGACACAGGGCUUCUUGGCCCCAGGCUGGCCCCCUCUGGGCCUGUACACCGCACCCUGGGCUCGCAACCUCUAACCAGCUAGUCCCUUUCCUCCUGUGAGCCCAGUAGGCCCAACCUGUUAGCUGGCAGAGCCUCCUACCACUGCCCCCCCCCCCCCG